AUACAAGAUCGACGAAAGAAUGUUGCGCAACGAACAGUACAAAGAUGACAUGAUUUAUAUCACACACUUGACGCGAAACGUUCUGAGCUUACUCGGGGCAUGGCCGUUAUAUAACAGAAGAAGGUCUGCCGGGGAAAGGGUCUGGAAGUACCUUUCGGUCUUGGUCUCUUACGUUCUUCUUUAUUUUGUCCUGAUUCCGGGCGGCCUUUUCUGGGUGAUUGAGAAAAGAACACGGGUCAGAGUUCAAACGUUCCCUAUGCUGCUCUACUGCUUUAUGGCCAGUAGUAAAUACACCAAUCUGAUAUUCCGCGAGAAGAGUAUUAGGCGCUGCUUGAAACACAUCGAAGACGAUUGGAGAAUCGUUUCCAACGCAGACGCGCGAGACAUGAUGAUUGAAUCUGCAAAGAUUGGUAGACGACUGGUCACACUUUGCGCGGUCUUCAUGUACGGCAGCGGGCUCUCCUUUCGAUCCAUCUUGCCGUUCGCCAAGGGAAAAAUCGUCACUGCGCAAAACAUCACGAUCAAACCUCUGCCUUGUCCAGCUUAUUUUUUUCUCUUCGAUAUACAAGUCAGCCCCGCUUACGAGAUCGUCUUCGCAAUGCAACUUUUAUCCGGGGUAGUCACUUAUUCUAUAACAACAGGUUUAUGUGGCCUAGCAGCUGUUUUCGUGAUGCAUGCCUGUGGCCAGUUAAAGAUCCUGGUGAAUCUCAUGAGAAAUCUCGUCGAGGAGCAGUGGCAAGGAAAACAGGAAGUGGACCGAAAAUUAGCAAAAGUGGUCGAACAUCAAAUAAGAAUUCGAAGUUUUUUGCAUUUGGUAGAAAGCACUCUGCAACAAGCGUGCCUAAUAGAAUUAAUGGGGUGCACGUUGAUAGUCUGCCUUCUAGGAUAUUUUAUAAUAAUGGAAUGGGAAAAUAGCAAUUCGAUAGCCAUGUGCUCCUAUUUUACAUCAUUUACAUCCAUGAUGAUAAAUAUGUUCAUGUUUUGUUACACUGGCGAACAACUUACCGUUCAGGCAGAAAAAGUAGCUAGAACAUCAUGCGUGCUCGAGUGGUAUCGUCUUCCGAACAAGGAGGCGCGUGGGAUCGUGCUGGUAAUAAUCAUGUCAAACAUACCCACCAAGAUCACCGCUGGCAAGAUCAUGGAUCUAUCAUUCAAAACUUACGGUGAUAUCGUGAAGACAGCUGUGACAUAUUUCAACAUGCUGUUAAAUGUAACCGAUUGAUAUAACAGUUUCUACUCUACAUCUCUACCUUCUUGCCGGAACUACGACUAUAAACGCAUCGUAAUGGUAUCGUGUAUGCUCGUGAUAUGGAUGUGUCAAAUACAGAAGCAUGGUAUGAUAUACGUAUAUAUACUUAAAUAUAUAUAUUCUCGAUCUAAAUAUAUUUCCUCUAUAUAGAAGUGUAAGAAAUUUUUGCUUCUCAAUACGGCAAGAUUAUACAUUUCAUAAAAUGCAGUUUGAUAAUUAAGUUGUAGAAAUUAUUUUUUUAUAUAAAUUGCAUCUACAUUUAUUUACGAGAUAUCGAAGAGCACUCAGUAGAAAUUUAAAAGAUAGUCGUAAAUAUAGUUUUACAUUUGUCAAUUACAUAUAGUGUGCGAAACCAAUGCGGCUUUAAGAACCCAUUGAUUUCUGCAUGCGACUGUAUCUCGUAAGUAGAUCGAAAUAUCAACGUUCGUUCUUCGUAACUAACUAAGCUGUCGAUAAUAACAUUGUAAUAAGCGUGAAAAUACAUAAAUAUACAAAAAUUAGACACGAUAAGCAUACAAAAGAGAUCUUGGUUUAAAUAUAUUCUUAUAUAUCUUUCUAAUAUCA